CUAACAGAACAAUAGCGUUUGGAGUCACUUUUGAAGUUCAUUUGAAGCUCAGUUGCUUCACAUUUGGCUAUGGCUUCCAUUCAUUUCUUCUUCUUAUCAUUCUCUCUCUUCUUCCACUCUCUCUCUCAUUCUGCAACCAUCACACUCCAAAACAACUGCACUCACACCAUUUGGCCUGCCAUUUUAUCCGGCGCCGGAACCGCCCCUCUCUCCACCACUGGCUUCUCCCUCCUCCCCUCUGCCUCCUCCCUCCUCUCCGUCCCCACCUCUUGGUCCGGCCGCAUUUGGGCUCGAACCUACUGCUCCACCGAUCCCUCCUCCGGCCGCUUCUCCUGCGCGACCGCCGACUGCGGCUCCGGCUCCGUAGAAUGCGGUGGGGCCUGCGCUGCCCCACCCGCCACACUCGCCGAAUUCACCCUUAACGGAGGGGGCGGCUUCGAUUUCUACGACGUCAGCCUCGUCGACGGGUUCAACAUCGCGAUGCAGAUUGUAGCGGUGGGUGGAAAAUCCGGCAACUGUACGACGACGGGUUGCAUUGAGGAUUUGAACGGAGAAUGUCCGGGGGAGCUGCGGGUGGUGAUGAGUGGGGGGAACCGGAGCGUGGCGUGUAAAAGCGGGUGUGUGGCGUUUGGGAAAGCGGAAUAUUGUUGCAGUGGGGUUUAUGCAAAUCCGAACACAUGUAAGCCCAGUAAUUACUCCAAAUAUUUCAAGAACAACUGCCCGUUGGCUUACAGUUACGCUUUUGAUGACGGUACCAGCACUUUCACAUGCGUCUCAGCUAAUUAUGUCAUUACUUUUUGCCCUUCCUCUUUCCCAAGUUUGAAGGAAUCUAGUGAACCACAACCACAAGCGGCUAACAUUUCAGGUUGCCGGCGUCGCAUUGCUACGUCGUCCUUAGCUAUUUUCACCGCGGUGUGGGCGGCCGUGGCAUCUUUUUCUUCUCUGCCAAAAUUAUCAUUGAAUAUUUAAGUGGCUAAAUAUAACCAAUAAUUUCUUAUAUUUUAAAGUAAUUUUCAAUUA